AUGUGCAUCCACUGGACAUGCAAGUACACGCUGUGCGGCUGUAUAUGGGAUAUGGACCCUUCAAAAUGUCAAGACAAGCGGCUCUGCUGGGGUCCAAGAAUGAUAACACUCGAAUCUCACACAGCGACUUGCGGAGACUGUUGGGUGAGAGGGGAUAAACGUGUCUACGAACAAGAAACAUGUGAAGAAGCUGGCGGGGAUCGAGAAGCAUCCAAAAGGGCGACAUUGGAUUGCGAAAGCGAGGCAGAUACAAGUGACAAUAGUUCCGACGAUGAAGACUACUUUUCGGCUGAUGUGCCCCUGUCGCCGUCCUCAUACUCGCGACCUGCGACCCCGCAACUAUACUAUGAGCAACAUUCAGCAUUGUGCCCCGUAUCUGAGGAUAACGAUUUCGAUUUGACUAGGACAUGUGACCCGGUGGAUCUUGCGUCAAUGGGGAGGGACUAUCGAGCAAGACGCUACAAGACGACCCGAUCCGAGUACUCGUCGGAUGGUACUGAUUCUUUUGUUUCUUGUGAAGAGUACCUCGACGAAGAAUCCACCGAAGAGGAGAAUUUCGUUUCGGAGAACGAAGAAGACGAUUUCUACUAUAGUAUCGUAGGUCCCCCUGGUAGGCGCAAAGGCGUGAUCAAAAGCUUGGAGGAUCGAUCGUUGCGGUUAUAUGGCUCAGUGCAGGAGUACUACCCAACAGCAGAGUAG